GUCGGACGACGACUCCACCUGCACACAACAUCAAGCGAUCUCAGUCCAGUCGUCACAGCCAAAAUGAAGUGGAUUUUUGUUGUCCUGGGGGCCUUGGUCGGCGCGGCGUGGGGAGCACCUGUCGCGGACGAGCCUCUGUUCGUGGUGGUGGAGAACGACCCCCAACAGUCCCUGGCGAUCAUCAACGAGGAGCAGCAGCGGCCUUUUGUACCCAUCGAGAUCCCAGAGGACAGCAACUUCCGCUAUCUGACGAGGGACUUCGAAGGAGCUACCUACCAGUUCGGCUACAACACCGGCAACACCUUCGACGAGGACGGGGUACCACAGGCUAACAUGUACCGCCACGAGAUGAGACGCCAAGACGGUACAGUGGUCGGACGGUACGGGUAUGUGGAUCCCGAGGGCGUGGAGCGUGUCUUCAACUAUGUGGUGGACGAGGGCGGGUACCGGCUUCUCGAGGCUGGCGACAUCUUGGCGCUUGAUGUUGUGGAGGAGGCGCCCCAAGAGGAAGAAGAGCCCGACAAGGCGCGACUGGACUUGCCUCUUGAGGAACCGCGAACUCCCAUCGCUGCUCUCCCUGUGGUUCCCGAAGGCGCAGCUGAUCUCAGCAGUGACGCCGGAACCUACGGGUAUAUCUCUGCUCUUUGAGAGAGAGAGAGAGAGAGAGAGAGAGAGAGAGAGAGAGAGAAGAGAGAGAGAGAGAGAGAGAGAGAGAGAGAGAGAGAGAGAGAGAGAGAGAGAGAGAUGGGAAUUAGAGGGGGAGGAGGAGUAGAUCACGUAUGAGGAAAUCGUGAUAAAAAGGAAAAAAAAAAGAUAAAGAUAGUAGCUGUAAGAAUAGCGACAUUUUUUUUACGUCGCGGUUUCAUACGGGUAAAUUUCUUUGAAUUUUUCUCUUUCUCGUAAUGAGUUAACGCGAGCUAUGGGAAAAAAUGUUAAAAUAAUGCACAGGCAAAUAUUAAAAAAAGAAAAGAAAAAAUCCAUAGCUUGCGUUUGCUCAUUAUCUAUUUAUUUAUCUAUUUAUUUAUUUAUUUGAUCUUUUUCUAUACCCGCGUUCUCCCGGUGACGGCGAGCGGGUGUCGAGAAUCGCGCUGUUGACAAUCCGAUGUUGUUUAGGGCGUUAUUCACCGUUAUUCUCUGUGAAUAUGACCCUUUCUGUUUUUGCUCACUUUUUAUUGACUUUUUUUUGUGACUUUUUGACUUUGUUUUACGUGACAGUUUACUAGUAAAUACUAGUAUAUGACUUGGUGUUGACUUAUACUCUUUUUUACAAAUGACUUGCUAUUUUCUUGUACUUUUUUACAAAUGACUUUUGUUAUUUUCUUAGACAUAUCUACAAAUGACUUGCUGUUUUCUUAAAGACAAAGAUUUUUACAGAUGAGAUUUGUUAAAGACUUAAAAGACUUAUUACUUGACUUUGACAGACACACAAACAAAAAACAAACAAACAAAAAAACAAAAAAACAAUUAAAGAAAUAUAUGACUUUUUUUUUACUUGACUUUUGAGACUGAGUGACACGUAGACAUCAGAAAAAAAUUAACAAACUCAAAAAAAAAACUUAAAAUUUUGUUUUAGAAAAUGAGAAAAAUAUAUUUAAAACAGAAAAUCGGCAAAUGAAACAAUAUACAGACAUGACGCAUAAUUCAAGUGCUGAUAUGACUGACCCAGACAUAAAAAAAAAAAAAAAAUGUACCAAAAAAAAAAAAAAAAAAAAAA